UUCUCUGGCGGGCUGAAGGCGAUGGUGGCCAAGCGACAAGGACACAUUUGACCUGCCCAAAUCAAGUUUGCUGGACGAAGUCCAAGGUCACAUUGUAAAAACAUUCUCCUGACGGGUGUCUAUUUGCAGUGAUCUGCGCAAGAGGCGCUCGUGCAUCGUCAAGCUUUCUCUUUCGAAUUUCCAGCGAUCUUCGAAUGCGCGUUUCAGGUUUGUUGGAGGACGGAGCCGCCAGCCUGCAUAGCUGAGGGACGCGCAAGACGUGCAACACAACCUGUGACAUCUCCUGCAUUCCGCCUCCUCCGACAUCACUGCAUCCAUUCUUGCGUCGUCACUCUUUUUUUGCGAUUCGACUGUCGUUUCCUUCUGUGCGCCGAAUCGAUUUGUGAGGUCUCGUUGCUCUGGUCCCUGGAACAUUUUCUAUGACAAACUUCCAGUGAGAGAAGUUUCACCGCUCAACACAAAAACAUGGGGCAAGCCACGCCAGCUGCAGGACGCAAUGGACUCGUGGCCUACAAACAGGCCCUAUUGAAUCUGGCCCAGGCACCUCGAUGGAGAGGACUCAUCAUUGGCACAAUUUCAAUUCUGCUUGUCUUGUGGAUAUGGCAAGCCAACUCGGAUCCAAAUGCGCCUGGUUCAAAGCUCUAUAGCAAAAUCUCAGGCCGACCGCAACAUCAGGAUUUUAUGUGGAAGCCACCAUCCGUGCUUGAGCCAUCCGACUUCACAUUAGCCCUGGAGGCAGGGAAAACCUCUACCACGCCUAGUGGACUCAAGAAGGAAAAUCCUCAAUUUCAUCUUUUGAUUCAUGCACCAAAAAUCACGAGCAAUGUUUGUCGAAGUUUGCUGUCGUCCUUCCUUCUGGGCUAUCCGACACCAACCUUGAUAGGCUAUAGGCCAUCACCACCUAAUGAAACUUUGGAAGGAGAAUUCUGGCUUGACUAUGGCCUUGCAGAUACGACAGAAUACCUGACACAACAAAACCGCAUCUCUGACAAUGACUUCAUUGCCAUAGUUGACGGAGAGAGCACCAUAUUCCAACUGCCUCCAGAGGCUCUUCUGACCGAAUACAAUGCCGAGACGAAGAAUGUCAAUGCCGACCUGGCCAGCGAGUAUCGUGACAUCCCACUCAAAACAGCGAAUAAGCAGAGAGUACAACGCUUCAACCAAUCAGUAUUCUUUGCUGCAGAAUACGAGGUUGUUCCGAGAUCUAGUAGCAGCUUUCUCAGCAGAUUCAGACUACCGGAGAAGAAGCAGCGGACGCUUCUGAACAACAACAUCGCUGUUGGGUCUGGGUCAGGGCUUCGUCAUCUUUUCACCACUGCACUAGAGCAGAACACUCGCAUUGAGCGCACAGAUCGCGAUACGUUCAACACCAUGUUUGCCCAACAGGGACACCUUCGUGCAGCCAUGGCCAAAGAGCAGCGCGAGUUCAAAGUGUGGCUCUCACGAAAUGUGUUACCGUCUAACAAGAAGCUUAAGAAAAAGUUGGCAGACGACCUUGCAGCAGCCAAGGAGGAUCUCGGCAUGAGUCUCGAUUAUAAAGCCACCAUGUUCCAGACAAUACCAGCUGCUGCCCAACAUGUCGCCGACAGUGUGAUUACACUGUCUGAAUAUCUAACGUUCCCUGUCCCUGAGGUGUUCGAGAAGCUGCGUGGUCCGUUUGCCCUACACGCCUCAACACCACACCUCAAUUCCACCAGCGCAAUUCUUGUACAGAAACACAAGGAUAAUCUGCCCUCCAUCUCACACUGGACAGAUAUUCCCCUCUUCACCAACCCGAAAACUCAACAAGUACCCUCGUUAAUUUCCAUGCUACCGUCAAAGAACAAGGACAAUACCGCAGGUCUCCUCACUGCUCCAGAUACUAAUAUGCGCGAGCUCUGGGAGUCCAUGUGGUUCUUUCCUUACGCUCGUCCAUUGCUGAAACAAUAUUUUUCAAAGUCUACAAGCAAAGAGAUUGCUUCUGAAGCCGCAGUAGGCGGAGAGCGCUGGUACGAUGCGCGAGGUGGUCGCGGCGGUGUCUGGACAGUCGACAACGGAUGGCUGGAUGCUGGGGAACUAUGCGCACCCUUUGGCAAAGAAAUCUUCGAAGAUGGGUUGAGAGGAUGGAUGGAAGCUGUACCUGAUGGCGUGGAGCUGAGUAAUGUGGAGAAGACUCCCGAUGGCAAGGGUAUCGUCAUUGGGGAACAAGUGAGGAAUGGACAGAUUCAUAAGAUUGUUGCUGUUGAGCCUGAGCAGCAAGAAGGAGAAGUUGAUGGAGGAGGGAAAGCAUUGUUUUAGGGUCAAGCGAUAGAUGGAGCGGCAUUUGGCGUUUCUUGUGGGUGCGGGUUUGCUUUCUCUGUGGAUAGAUGGGUUUGUGUUUUCGACACUGCUAGUGUACAUAGCGAUGCAUCAUUAGAUCUUGUUUGUGUUAUACAUCGAUGACAGCUGAGGCAGCGGUCAAGUUCUGUAAUAUCAAUGGAAAUGCAAUGAAAGACUGUCAUGUGUACUGAUGACAGGUCUUGAGAGUGGACCGUUGAC